AUGAGUAAGCUAAACACAUCCAGCUCAGAAUUGGAUUUGGAUCGACCUAAUAUUGAAGACUAUCUCCCUUCUGGAUCCAUCCAAGAGCCCCGCGGCAAACUACGCCUGCGUGAUUUGCUCGACAUUUCGCCCACUCUAACUGAGGCAGCUGGUGCCAUUGUCGAUGACUCUUUCACUAGAUGCUUCAAGUCGAAUCCUCCGGAACCAUGGAACUGGAAUGUGUAUCUGUUUCCUUUGUGGUGUUUGGGAGUCGUAGUCAGAUAUGGGUUCCUUUUCCCGUUAAGGGUACUGGUACUAACAAUAGGAUGGAUAAUAUUUCUCUCAUGUUAUUUUCCUGUGCAUACCCUUUUGAAAGGGAAUGAUAAAUUAAGGAAAAAGUUAGAGAGGGGUCUAGUAGAAUUGAUUUGUAGCUUUUUUGUUGCUUCAUGGACGGGAGUCAUCAAGUACCAUGGUCCACAGCCCAGUAUGCGGCCAAGGCAGGUUUUUGUGGCAAAUCACACAUCAAUGAUUGAUUUCAUUGUUUUAGAACAAAUGACUGCAUUUGCAGUAAUUAUGCAGAAGCAUCCUGGUUGGGUUGGAUUAUUGCAAAGCACUAUUUUAGAAAGUUUAGGAUGCAUCUGGUUCAACCGUUCAGAGUCCAAGGAUCGUGGAAUUGUAGCCAGAAAGCUGCGGGAACAUGUUGAAGGGGCUGAUAAUAAUCCUCUUCUCAUAUUUCCUGAAGGAACUUGUGUGAACAACCAUUACACAGUGAUGUUCAAGAAGGGUGCAUUUGAACUUGGCUGCACUGUUUGUCCAAUUGCAAUCAAGUACAACAAGAUUUUUGUUGAUGCCUUUUGGAAUAGUAGAAAACAAUCCUUCACGACACACUUGUUGCAGCUCAUGACAUCAUGGGCUGUUGUUUGUGAUGUGUGGUACCUGGAGCCUCAGAAUCUGAAACCUGGAGAAACACCAAUUGAAUUUGCAGAGAGGGUGAGGGACAUUAUUUCUGUUCGGGCAGGCCUUAAGAAGGUUCCUUGGGAUGGAUAUUUGAAAUACUCUCGCCCUAGCCCUAAACAUCGUGAGCGGAAGCAACAAAGAUUUGCUGAGUCAGUGCUUCGUCGUCUGGAAGAGAAAUAG